GCAGUCUCGAUGGACGACACGCUAAUGUCAGACUCUCCGAAUCACGAUGACGACGCUUGCGUAGUGCGUACCAGAGCGACCAGUGUUUUCAAAGUCGAGAACACGGAAGAGGCCCAGGAGGAGGAACUCAACAGGCUGAUUGAGGAGUAUCCGCUCUCGAUCGGGCUCUGCAUAACAUUGCAGUGGAACUUCAACCGGAGGCUCACCACGCCACGCCCUACGAAGACCCGGUUGCCGGCCAAAGAACCAGCUACCACGGCAUCUUGAGGAGCCUCAUGCGGACAGCACAGAGCAUUUCUGUCUGGAUGGGGCACCACGCAAGUUGGAUGCAGGCAAGGGAUCAUGCGAGGAUGCCUCGCCUGCCAACAUUCACCCAGAUCCGGCCCCUCCGAUACCUCGAUCUAGACAACGAGGACAUGCCAGCGCACAUUGUCACGUCUCUUACACACAGCGGCCUGGACUGGAUAUUGACUGGCAGCCGUCCAACACGCUUCUGGAGGGACGCACGGCUGAAUGACCGCGAGUGGAGAGAAAGGCAUAUGGACGACUCCGAUCCAGCUUGGCCCACCAAGGACACACGCGCUAGAGGAAGCCGAUGCGAGGAAGGUCGAAGGGCUCAUGCUGGCAGUGUUUCCAAGACGGCCCCGCGGCAUGCCCGCCCGAAACCGGUCAACCGGAGACGACGAGCAAAGCAACAGAACAUCGACUCAGGCUGAGAGCGCCAACAAAUUCAUAGCGCUCGGAUCGGCAUGGAAGGACAACCUCACCUCGGCGCAGGCUGCCUCAACCGAACUGUUCAAGGCGCUGAACACGGCCAUCCUCCAGCUCAACAGGGAAGUCACUGAGCAGAAGACUACCACGGCGCAGGUCGAGGCGGAGCUGCGCCAGACCCAGCAGCGCGUUCGGCAGCUCGAGGCAGCGUCUCGCUAG